CACAAAGAAAUGCAUAUCAUCCAUGCCAUGCAUCGAUGUCACACUCUCUCCCUGCACCGAUCCACGCAGACACGCACACACGGCCUGUCACGUCCUUACAUCUUGCUCGUCGUCAACACCCGUCAAAUGGUCAUUGCUCCGUGCAUCAGACAACACGUGUUCGUGGUGGUGAGCAUGCUGCGGGUGCUCAGCAGCAGCAGCAACAGCAGCAGCGGGGGCAGCAUCAGCGUGGUUCUUUAACCGCCUCUUCCAGUCCUUCAGAGUGGGGCGCUCUGACGAGUCGAUCAGCAUCCGGAUGGCCUCGACGAGAGCACGCAGAGACGCCAGGGUGCGGGCGAUGACAGCACGCACUGGGCGGUCAGAGUGGUCAAACCGAUACCUGCACCACACACACAUACAGACACACACACACAUACACAUGCACACACAUAUGUGCAUACUUCGGCAUAUCGGUGAUCUGUGCGCACCUGAUUGGAGGGAGCAGCACUUCUUCCCCCGUGUGUGCGUCGGUGCCGAAGACCUCGACGCUCAGGUGCCGCUGACGGCCCUUCGGGAAGGCCUCGUCCAGCUCAUGCCAACUCUGAUGACACAUGGACAUACACACACAGACACCACAAUACACACAGGGAGGGGCGAUCGUUCUCUCUCCUGCCCCAGCUCAACUAACCCUUCUGGCGACUUCCCUCAUCCUGGCCCUCCGCCGCCUCUUCAUCUCCUCGACGUCAGACCUCUCCAGCAGCAGCGUCGAGUACAGCAGCGCCUCGUCACUCGUCACCAUCUGCGCAUCCAGCUGCAGACGCUCGCGAACCACACGCAGAAACCCCUCAAGCGUCACGUCGUAGCCCUCGUCAAUGUCGAUGCUGUCCCAGACUGUCCACCCAUAGCCCUUCCACGGCCCCGCCUCGAUCGGCCCCUCAUCGAGAGGCGGGAGCGGCUCGGUCAUGGCGAUGAAGGGCCGGCCCAGGUUCACAAACGCGUUCUUGAACAGUGCCCGUGACGCCUCGUUCGUUUCCUCGGUUGCGGAGUCGGCUGUCUGCCAUGGGACAGUGGAAUGGUCGGUGGCUGGCUGCUGGCGUGUGCGAGAUGGUGAUGACGGUGAUGUGCAGUAGCCGUGCUGGAGCAGCUUGUACAGCUCCAGGCAGACCAGGCCGGCCACCACUGCUGUCGUCGUGGCUAUCGCGGGGAUGAUCUUGCCAGCAAUCUGACACCAGUAAGGGAGGGAGGGAGAGACAGACACACACAGACACAUGGGAUGGGUUGUGCCCGUUCUUGUGACCUCGCGGUGCAUAGCGCCCACCCACCUGUUUUGUCUUGUGUCUGUCGGCCGGUUCGAUGUGGUAGCUCUUGGCCCUUAGGUUGGAGCACGCCGCGAUGAAGUCCACAUGGUGAUUGCCGUCGUCAUCCUUCUCAAACUCCUGCGGUGAGAAGGAGGACACCUUCCUAGUGCCGGUGCUGCUGUUGUUUGCUGCUGCUGUUGCUGCCUGGGAUGUCUCAUUCAGCUGCGGCACUGGCUGCAACUGCUGCAGGGUCUGCACGACGCGCUUCCUGUUCAUCCCCUUCGGCACAGGGAUGCCCAGCGAGACGGCCCGCAGCAUGGCGGCCGAGUGGAUGAAGUCGACGUGUGUGGGGUCGGCGGCGUCGAAGGCCAGUGGCUGGGGGGGCGGAAUGCCUAGCUUCUCUGUCUUCUCGUAGAGAGCAUCCUGGUGGCAGCCAAAGUGGUCAGGUGGAUGUGGUCACCUGUUCUCUCUGUACGGCUGUAGUGUGCUUACGGGUGUCAUGGAGGUGAGCAGCUUGCGUAUGGGCAGGUCGAAGAGGCUGCUGAACUGAUGCCGCGCCCACCGCACACAGUCAUCGAACGACGGGGACCCGCCGCUGAUGACCACAACAAGACAACGCAUAAAACACACUCAGGUGUGUUUCCAUCGAGCUCCGUGUCACGUGCUGACUCCUACCUACCGUGUGAAUGCUUCGAACUCGAUGAUCGUCUGCGCAGCCUCGCGGCCGCUGUCCGACUCCUGCAGUCAUACACACACACACACAUACGCAGCCACACAAACACAAACGUGUGGAGGCCCCCGUGUUAUUCGUCUCAUCCCCACGCAGGCACCCACCUGGAGUUCGUUCCAUACGGCCUCCGGGUUGUCGGUCCACUUUUCGACGAGCAGGACGUCGUCGAAGAAGAGCCCCUCGAAGACGUCCAGAGCCCACUGGAUGGUGUGGUCGAUCCGGUGCGGGAACGACUUGAUCGUGCACAACGGGACGCUCUCCUCGGGCGGGUCCAGCGACGACCCGUACGACUCAGUCACAUGCGGGAUCACCACCUGCGUGUUGCCCUUGGCGCCGAGUGUUCCGCUCUCCAGCAGCGGCUUCCUGUACAGGACACACCUGCUGUCGACGUAGAGCCGCGCCUCCACGUUGUCGAGGGCGUUGCAGACGCACGCGAGACUCUCCCAGAACCGCUCGUCGAACAGGUGCUCCGUCUCUCCACCCACCCGAUGCUCAUAGGCCUCGAUCCUCAUCUCAGGGUUGAUCGUCCUCGCGGCCUCAGCAGCCACGUGCGACUUGAGGCGGCCGAUGUCGCUUUCCCGGAAGAGCAGCUGCCGCGAGAGGUUGCUCCGCUCGAUGCAGUCCAUGUCGGUCAACACCACACGACCUGUGUUGCUCUUCCCCCUGCUUUUGCGUUUGCCCUUGACUUGGCCGCCGACGCCCAUCAUUGCCCAAGUCUUGAGGACCUCACAGCCGAUGGCGCCGGCGCCCACGAGGAAGAGCCGCAGCUGCUGGAGGUCGCGCUGGUACCUCUGGCCGAGGACGGCGAUCUGCCCGUCGUAGCGGCUCGACUGAGGCUGGCAGUCUUCUUGUGUGGGGAGGGGGGACGGGAGCACCUCGGUCGCAUCGACGUACAGCAGCUCUUGCAGGGGCGUGAAGGUGCCUGACGGAUGGAUAUGGAUGAAUUAGUCCGGCAUACAUACGUCAUGUGGAUGGAUGGAUGGGUGUGUCAGAAUUCUCACCCACCAGUGAUGCCUUUGAGGGCUUCCUGCCCCGCCAUGCCCCCCAGCAGCGACGCGAGAGGCGCCAGCUGACCUCGACACGUGCGGGCGAACGUCUCGACGAUGUGCUGCACACUCGGGUCGUCAAGUGAGAAGGGAAGGGGCGAGGAGCGCCGCCUCAUGACAUCCAUGAAUCGAUAUGCGUCCUCCUUUGAGCCCGGGACGGGCAGGCGGCCGUACAGCUGAUGAAAGGGCUCCAAACACUGAAGACAAACAAAGAAAGCGACACCACAGACAGGGAUGCAUGGGAUGGGCGUUGUGUGUCCCAUUCAUUGUAUGUGUGUGUGUUAUGUGUGGGUAAGGUGAGACGACCUGGAAGCAAGCAUGGAUGACCGGAUAGCGAUCCAGUUUUGAAAAAUCAGUGGGGAAGAACGCCGGGCGGCCAAACUGGUCGCCCAAGGAGGCGUACGAUAAAUGAAGCGGAGACUUGACCUGUAAGUAACACAUCCACCCACCCGACAGAUCAAGAACACAUACAAACACAUCGCCCAGACAGCCAGACGGUCUCUGUCGGUUUGUCCUCUCUCACCUCGACAGCGAAGAACCCGCCUCUGUAUCUUGGGUACUUCCGUAUGUCCUCCCCCUCGAUGGCAAACCGCAGCGGAUCGAUGACCCGCACCCUCCUCGCCCUCCCGUCCAGCAGCGGGUGGUGCCGCAUCGAGUGGUGCAACACAUCCGUGUUGGCCUCAAACACCACCUUCUGCCCCGUCUCGAGGUCGUGCUUGCCGCCGACCAGGCCCUGCUCCUCGUCCUCGACGGCGCAGUGGAAGAUGGGCGUGUGGGUGUGGGGCGGGGGGGAGUGCUCCAUGGCCGUGAUGCGGAUCUUCUUGGGGGGGUCGCCCGUGGCGUCGUCGACCGUGAAGUUCUUGCCCAGGUCGGCGUACACGUACCCGAAAACACCCCUCGAGCCGACAGAAAUAACGCGGGGCUGCCUGUGAUGGCCGUGACGGUCACCGAUUUCGCGACAAGCGUCGUCGAUCUCAAUCUGCCGCGACAUUGGCGCAUUGACCAGCACCUGAUGGACACACACAUCCAUAACCGAUGCACUCACCGCCAGAUAUAUUGGUGCAUUUGUGCUGCCGCACUCACCACAACAUCGUGGUGCUUGAGCUGUUCCUGCGUCAGAUUGCCGUGCAUGACGUCCACCUGCGCCAGAGGGUUGAGAUGGGCCAGCUUGUCGUGACACGCGACGCUGCGGGCGCGACCCAUCACCACAUCCUGCAUCCAUCCAUACAUCCAUCCAUCCAAACAAACAUGACAACACGCCCACCAUGUGCCGAUCCGAUCCGCCUCUCUCAUCUCAUUGACAGACCGACCUCUUCAGCGAUGCAGAACUGGCUGGCCAUGUCCAUGUGUGAGCACGGGUCGUCGUCAUGGAGGGUGAUCCGCUGCACCCCCGCCAGCAGGCAGUUCUUGGCCACCUCCACACCAGGCCCCUCCAGGCCGCUGAUCAGCACUGACGCCUGCGACAGCUUCCGCUGCGCCGCGUGACCCAUGACAUACAGCUGACGGCUGUAUCGGCCUUCGUCCACAUCAUCAUCAUGCUGCUGCUGCUGCCUCUGGGCUGGCUGCUGAGAGGGUGGUUCAUGAGAGCUGAUGCUGGUACUGUCAGUGAUCGAGCUUAGCGGCUUGGCGAGGCCUCGGACCACACCCAAUGCAGAGCGCUGGACGUCAUUGUCGUUGCGCUGCUGCUCUCCAUCUGUCAGUAUUGCCGCAGCAGGGGAGAGAGGGCCACGUUGAUGUCGAUGUGGAUGUGGAUGUGAUGAUGCAGCAGCGAGAUCUGAUGGCCUUGCAUGACGCCGGCUGCCGAGCGGCUGGGGCGGAUAAGUGGCGGAUCUUGGCGCAGGACGGGCGGCUUCUGUGAGGUGCAGCAGCUGCUGCAGCAGGCCGACCAAGAUCACCACACAAUGGAGGCACGGGGCGCCUCGAGUCAUCAUUGAAGACCAUCUACAAGGCUGAGUUGUAGGGGCAGGGAUCAGG